CAUGUGUUGUAUCCCAAAUGAAGAAAUCACGAGAUUGUGUAGCACUUAGAGAGACAGAGAGUUUGUAAUCUAGAGUACAUUAAGAGGCAGACCCUGCAAUCUAGAGAGAGAGAGAGAGAGAGAGAGAGAGAUGGCAGCAUCGAGAGUCGAAAGCCUGGCGAGCAGCGGCCUCCUGGCGAUCCCGAUGGAGUAUGUGAGGCCGGCGGAGGAGAGAGAGAGCAUGUGUGAUGUGUUCAAGUUGGAAAAAGCGGUGGAAGGUCCUCAAAUCCCUGUAAUUGACAUGAAGGGUUUGUGGUGUGGAAACAAUGAAGAGAGAGAAAAGGUUGAGAGAGAAAUAAGUGAGGCUGCAAGAGAGUGGGGAGUGAUGCAAGUGCUCAACCAUGGCAUCCCUGAGGAGUUCAUAGAGAAGCUCAAGGCAGCUGGUAAGACCUUCUUUGACCUCCCCAUUGAAGAAAAGGAAUUGUAUGCCAAUGAUCAAGCCUCUGGUAAAAUUGAUGGCUAUGGGAGCAAACUAGCCAACAAUAAGAGUGGGCAGCUUGAGUGGGAGGACUAUUUUUUCCACUUGCUUUAUCCUGAGAGCAAGAGAAACAUGUCUAUUUGGCCCAAGAACCCAACCGACUAUGUGGAGGUGACCGACGCCUAUGGCAAGGAGCUGCGCAAGGUGGUGACCACCAUCCUCGCCAUCCUAUCGGUCGGCCUCGGCGUGGAGCCAGACCGCCUCGACCGCGAGCUCGGUGGUCUCGACGACCUCCUCAUGCAGCUGAAAAUCAACUACUACCCAAAAUGCCCACAACCCGACCUGGCCCUGGGCGUAGAGGCCCACACUGACAUAAGCGCCCUAACUCUCCUCCUCCACAACAUGGUCCCCGGACUCCAGCUGUGGUACAAGGGCAAAUGGGUGACUGCAAAAUGCAUCCCUGGCGCUCUCAUUGUUCACAUUGGGGAUUCAUUGGAGAUAUUGAGCAAUGGGAGGUAUCAGAGUGGGCUUCACAGGGGCCUGGUGAACAAGGAGAAGGUCAGGAUUUCCUGGGCGGUGUUUUGCGAGCCCCCGAAGGAGCAGCUGCUGCAGCCGCUCAAAGAGUUGGUGAGCGAGACCGAGCCCGCCAAGUUCCCGCCGCGCACCUUUGCCCAGCACAUUCAGUAUAAGCUCUUCAGGAAGACGCAGGAGAAGGCCGCCGCCGCUGAGGCCAAUGGCAAAAAUUGAGAAGAGAGAUGAUGUACCUCUUUCUCUCUCCACACUCUUUCUCCACCCCCCACAUGAUCUAAACCAACAACUGCAGCAAGUCCGUCCCUCCCCUCCCAUCUCUCUCUUGGGCAUCUCCUCUAGGAGUCUUAUUUGUGUUGUUUGUUUAUGAUUAACAAGCAUGUCGUUUGUUUUAAAUAUGGUGUCUUAUCUGCCUGUUGGCCCUUGAGUUGGAAAGUCUCAUUCUGUCCAUCCUCUUUUUAAUAAUAAAAUAUAGAAUUGCAUAUUUUUAGAUCA